CUGGUAAUGAUGAGAGGAGUACUAAUUGGAGCACUCUUAGUGCUGGGAGUCAGCUCAGUAGCUGUGCAGAUCAUAGACCCAGCUAAGUGUACGCUUUGUAAAGCAGCUGUGUCCGAACUCAAGGUUAUAAUGGAAGACAAAGACACUAAAGAUCUGCUGGGCGUGCUGAAGAAGUUUGUGUGCGCCAAUGUGCCCAUACAGGACUGCGAUAACUGGGUAGAUAGUGAGUUGUCCCAAUUGGAGAGUGUGGUUGAAGCUUUGGAUCCUGGCGCUGCCUGCUCUCAACUUGCUGUGUGCGCUACUACCAUGGCCCCUCUUCAAGACUCCAUACAGUGCGAGUUCUGUGAGUUCCUGGGGGAUGAGGUGGUGAAGAGAGUGCUGACUAGCGCUACAAUAGACGAGGUAGUGGCUGCUGCUGAGAAGGUAUGUAGUGAGCUCCCCUUCGUUUCUAAUGAGUGUAGUGCCCUGGUCAAGGAGUACGGACACUUUUAUCUCGACCUGCUUGUAGGCUCGAUUGAUGUGCAGCAACUCUGCUCAAAGAUAGGACUCUGCUCUCGACAAGUUAGGGACCUCAUAGAAAGUACAGAGUUAUUCGAGGUAAUAAAGAAGGGUCUCCAGGACGACUCACCCCUCUGUGCUGGCUGUCAGGACCUGCUAGGUGAAGUGAAGAAAGCCGCUAAUGACCCUGACACGAUCGCUAUUAACAAAGACCUAGCUCCCGUUAUCUGUGAGGUGAUUUCUAUUCCUUUCUGUAACUCACUCAUGACCAAGCUCCUCGAGGGGACCCUGGUAAAGGCACAGAACCUAGACGUAGAGGGGACAUGUGUGGCUCUGGAUGCUUGUUCGGGAUCAGUAGUAGGAAUGGGGGAUGUGUGCUCAGACUGUGCUCAGAUAGCUGACCUUGUUAUAAAGGAGCUACAGGACCCGGCUGUGCAGCAGCAGAUAGAAGCAGUGCUGGACGAGGCGUGUUCUAUCCUGCCCAUACCGGACUGCAAGGAGACUCUACACAGCUACAUGGUCAUCAUAGAAACACUCAUCUCAGGGAUGGACGGUAAAACAGUAUGUGGCUACGCUGGCCUGUGCAGCUCCAAACAUGAGACAGUGAGCAGCUACGAAGUGAGCAGCAGUGUAGGAGACACGUGCUCAGAGUGUACCAUGAUAGCAGGGGAGCUGAUAACCCUUCUAGAGAACCAGCAGGUAGACGCUAUCUUGAAAGGGGUCAUCUCCGAGAUUUGCACCGUUCUUCCCAUCUCCAACUGUGAGACCACUCUAGACGGCUAUUUCGACGAGCUCGUCGCUCUUCUCAAGAAUCUGGACGGGAAAACUCUUUGCAGUCUCAUUGGACUCUGCUAGAACUCGCUGCAGUCUCAUUGGACUCUGCUGGAACUCUCUGCAGUCUCAUUGGACUCUGCUAGAACUCUCUGCAGUCUCAUUGGACUCUGCUAGAACUCGCUGCAGUCUCAUUGGACUCUGCUAGAACUCGCUGCAGUCUCAUUGGACUCGGCUAGAACUCUCUCUGCAGUCUCGUUGGACCUCUGCUAGAACUCUCUGCAGUCUCAUUGGACUCUGCUAGAACUCUCUGCAGUCUCGUUGGACUCUGCUAGACCGCUCUGCAGUCUCAUUGGACUCUGCUAGAACUGCUCUCUGCAGUCUCAUUGGACUCUGCUAGAACUCGCUGCAGUCUCAUUGGACUCUGCUAGAACUCUCUGCAGUCUCAUUGGACUCUGCUAGAACUCGCUGCAGUUUCAUUGGACUCUGCUAGAACUCGCUGCAGUCUCAUUGGACUCUGCUAGAACACUCCUAGCAGUCCAUUGGCUCUGCUAGAACUCGCUGCAGUCUCAUUGGACUCUGGCUAGAAUCUCUGCAGUCUCAUUGGACUCUGCUAGAACACGCUGCAAGUCUCAUUGGACUCUUGCUAGAACUCUCUGCAGUCUCUUGGGAACCUCUGCUAGAACUCGCUGCAGUUUUCAUUGGACUCUGCCUAGAACUCGCUGCAGGUCUCAUUGGACUCUGCUAGAACUCUCUGCAUUCUCACUUGGACCUCUGCUAGAACUCGCUGCAGUCUCAUGGACUCUGCUAGAAAUCUCUGCAGGUCUCAUUGGACUCUGCUAGAACUCGCUGCAGUCUCAUUGGACUCUGCUAGAACUCUCUGCAGUCUCAUGGACUCUGCUAGAAACUCGCUGCAGUUUCAUUGGACUCUGCUAGAACUCGCUGCAGUCUCAUUGGACUCUGCUAGAACUCUCUGCAGUCUCAUUGGACU